CGGUCACAGAGAGGAGACCCUCCGCCCCUGGGCUGGCCAGCCAGCCCGCCGGCCGGCCUCCCUUCCCCUCCCCUCCCCGCCCCGCCGGCCGGCGGAGGGUCCUUCCCCGGGGAAAGUUGCUCGGCGUCCCCCGGGCGAGGGGCGGGGGCGUGCGGCGCUGCCCCCGCCGCCUCUCGCCCCUGUCGCCGAGCUAUUUAUUUAAAUCGCCGCUGAAGCGCCUCGCCGCCCGCCCUGCCGGGGACACGCAGUCCGGGCGGGCUGGGCAGGAAGGAGCCCAUGGCCGGGAGGGCAGCCCCGGCCCCCGGGGCUCUGCUCUGCGCCCUGCUCUGCGCGGCAGCGGCGGCAGCGGGGGGCGGCCCCGGGGACAACCCCGCUCCCGGCGCCUUCGGCCACGUCUACCGGGGCGCCGUGAACAUCAGCUCGGAGCGGGUCUACGCCUUCGCCUACCGCAGCGAGCCCGGGCAGGUGGAUGCAGUGCGGGUGUACGUGAACAGCAGCUCCGAGAACCUCCAGUACCCCAUCCUGUUUGUAGUGCGCCAGCAGAAGGGAGUGCUGUCGUGGCAGGUCCCACUGAUUUUUCGAGGCUUCUAUCAGAGGACCUAUAAUUACCAAGAAGUGAGUCGGACCCUGUGUCCCUCUGAGCCAACACCUGAAACAAGACCCUCUGACCAGAUUAUAUUUGUGGAUGUCGCUUCCAUGGCACCGUUCAAUAUUGCAUAUGAGCUGCUAGUCACCAGGCUGAAGAACUUCCAACUUGAGACCAACAAAGCCUUUAACUUCACUGCCAGCCCUUCCCAGCCCCAGUAUUUUCUGUACAAAUUUCCUCAGGAUGUUGAUUCAGUCAUCAUUAAUGUGGUGUCUGAUGCAACCUACCCAUGCUCAGUUGUCUCUGUCCAGGAUAUUGUGUGCCCAGUGUAUGACCUGGACCAUAAUGUGGAGUUCAAUGGAGUUUAUCAGUCUAUGACAAAGCAGGCAGCCAUAACAGUGCAGAGAAAAGAUUUCCCAGGUGAGCAGUUCUUUGUUGUGUUCGUCAUCAAGCCAGAGGAUUAUGCCUGUGGAGGUUCUGUGCCUUCUUCAAUUCAUGGGAAUGUCAACCGUACCUGGAACCUGCAGCGGACAAAGAACCUUCAAGUGACAAUUGUGCCCUCCAUUAAAAAGUCUGUUUAUGUCCAGGCCAUGUUCUUCAGCUUCCUGAGUUUCCUCUCCUUUUACCUGGGCUCAGUGGUUGUUGCUUUUGUGCACUACAUUAGGGUUCAGAGGAAGGCUUCAGCUGGGAGAUUGAGCCCUGAGCAUGGAUCUGGGAUGAUGACUUCCUCACACCCCAUCUCAGCCAGCACUCCUGAGGGAAGCAGCUAUGGUGCUAUUGACGAGUCCAGCUCCAGCGGUGGCGGCCAGCUGGGAGCCCCGCCUGGCUCGGACACAGACAGCUCCGUGGAGGAGGAGAGCGACUUCGACACCAUGCCUGAAAUUGAGAGUGACAAGAACAUCAUCCGCACCAAGGUGUUCCUCUAUCUAUCAGACUUGUCCAGGAAAGACAGAAGAAUUGUCAGCAAAAAAUACAAAAUCUAUUUCUGGAACAUCAUCACCAUUGCGGUGUUCUAUGCCCUGCCGGUCAUCCAGCUCGUCAUCACUUACCAGACGGUAGUGAAUGUGACUGGCAAUCAGGACAUCUGCUACUACAACUUCCUAUGUGCUCAUCCCCUUGGGGUGCUGAGUGCCUUCAACAACAUCCUCAGCAAUGUGGGCCACAUGAUGCUGGGCUUUCUCUUCCUCCUCAUUGUGUUGCGCAGGGACAUCCUCCAUCGUCGGGCCAUGGAGAUGAAAGAUAUCUACACCCUGGACUAUGGGAUCCCGAAGCAUUUUGGUCUCUUUUAUGCUAUGGGCAUUGCUCUGAUGAUGGAAGGGGUGCUCAGUGCCUGUUACCAUGUCUGCCCUAAUUACUCCAAUUUCCAGUUUGACACCUCCUUCAUGUACAUGAUCGCAGGACUGUGCAUGCUCAAGCUCUACCAGACCCGGCACCCAGACAUCAAUGCCAGCGCCUACUCCGCCUAUGCCUCCUUUGCUGUGGUGAUCUCCCUGGCUGUCCUUGGAGUGGUGUUUGGGAAAAAUGACAUGUGGUUCUGGGUUAUUUUCUCACUGAUCCAUGUUUUGGCCUCACUGGCUCUCAGCACCCAGAUCUACUACAUGGGUCGCUUCAAGAUCGAUGACCCUGACUCAGACAUGGGCAUAUUUCGGCGAGCAGUGAUGGUGCUGUACACGGACUGCAUCCAGCAGUGCAGCCGACCAAUGUACAUGGACAGGAUGGUGCUGCUCAUUGUUGGGAACCUGGUCAACUGGUCCUUUGCUAUCUUUGGGCUGGUGUAUCGGCCCAGAGACUUCGCCUCCUACAUCCUGGGAAUCUUCAUCUGUAACCUGCUGCUCUAUCUGGCCUUCUACAUCAUCAUGAAGCUCCGCAGCUCUGAGAAGCUCCUGCCCAUUCCCAUGUUCUGCAUCGUGGCCACAGCAGUGGUGUGGGCAGCUGCCCUCUAUUUCUUCUUCCAGACCCUCAGCAGCUGGGAGGAGACUCCAGCAGAGUCCCGGGAAAAGAACCGGCCAUGCAUCCUGCUGGGAUUCUUUGAUGACCACGAUGUCUGGCACUUCCUCUCUGCAGCUGCCUUGUUCUUCUCCUUUCUGGUCCUGCUGACCCUGGACGACGACCUGGAUACGGUGCGCAGGGACAAGAUCCCAGUGUUCUGAGUCCCUGGGGACAGGGGCGCAGAGGUGUCCCAGACCGCUCAGCCAAGGGCACCGGGCCUCUGGUGUCUGUGGAGAAUGAGCCUGCUUCCAUGGCCAGCAGCCCCGUGGGGGCAGGGGGACGGGAUCCCCCAGCAGGCACGGAGGGGUGCUGUGGCACUGAGGUGGGACCAGGAGGGAAGAUGAUGUUACUCCUUUCCCGCCCAUCCUCUGGGGCAGGCUUGAUCCAGAGGCCAAGGCCAGUGCACAGCCCUCUGGCUUGCGGGUGCUGGAGCCAGUGAGGGGGGAGGAAACAGGAGAGGCAUGUCAGAGACCUUUGCUUCCCUUCCUCCCUGCUGAUGUGCUCCACUUCCUCUCUGGUGAGCAGCCGUGCAAACCUUCCUGCACAGAGAGCUAAUGUCUGCUGCCCUCAGAGAGUCCCUUCAGCAGCACAGGGAGAGCAUUUGGUUCCUGUACUGCAGCAGCCAAGGGAGAAAAGAACUCCAAACUGAGGUAGCAGUGGGGGGACUGUGUUUUAUUUUAUCCUCUUUUUGUUGGACAGACUCAUUUGGUAGCUGGUGGGGAGCCACGGUACCAAGGCUGCAGCGCUGGUAGGAGGUGGUGAACUCGAGCUGCCUGUGAGGGCUCUGCCAGACUCAGAGCCUCCUACCUUGCUCUCUUGCAGCCUCUCUGUCACUCCUGUUGAACACUCCUCUGGCAGCUCCUGCUGGCACUUGGCAGUGCUCUGGUCUCUGUCACAGCACCACAAGUGCUCUCCUCGAGUGACCCUGAGAGAGAGCGCACAGCAAAGCCACAGCCCUGUGGGGCAGCCCUUGGCUCCUGCUGGGUGCCUUGGUAGGGCCCGGGUGGAACAGGGAGGUUUGCCAGCAGCCUCAGACUUUCUCCUCUCAUGAGCUUGCCUUGGACAGCCUUGGCAAAGUAGAUUCUCUUAUAGGCUGGGAGGAUGAAGGAGAUUUUGGGGCAAUUGGUGUUGAGCUCCUUAGCUAAAGAUGUGGACCAAAUUUUCUUCUCCAACUUGUCUGAAUUGGAAAUGAGUUUUUUAAUGGCUUCUGCAUUAUUUUCAGUUUCUUAGUUAUUUAAAAAAAAAACAAGGAUAAGGUGUGAAUUAUUUCAGGCCUUGCAUCUAAAACGGGACCUGUUUUGCUAAUUUGCAAUUAAAAAGUGUUCUUUGAGGCCUGCUGUCCUUAUUCUUGUCUGCCUGAGCAUUUUUACUUUGGUGUAUGUGCAUGUAGCCUAGUGAUGCAAAGGUUUCAUUCCACUUUUGCUUACUCAAGCAGGUGACUCUGGUGAUGUUUUACUCCAAGAGUCUGUAUCUCCUUGAAGAGUUUUACACCAGCUGGUUUUUAUUUUUAUCUAAAUGGGAGUUUGUCAAGAUGGUCAAUAAAAUGGAUGUUCCUGGUGCCCUG